AUGGCUCAGAAAAGUGUCCUCAUAAUCAAUGGGCCAAACCUCAAUCUUCUGGGCACUCGCGAGCCCACCAUAUAUGGCUCCGCAACUCUGAAGGAUGUUGAAGAAUCAGUGCUCAAACGAGGUGCUGAUCAGAACUUGUCGAUUUCGUGUUUCCAAUCAAACCACGAGGGAGCAAUCGUCGACCACAUACAUGCUGCCCACGCUGCAGGAGUUAACGCUAUUAUCAUCAACCCAGGUGCUUUCACGCACACGUCGGUAGCGAUCCGAGACGCAUUUUCAGGCACAGCGAUUCCAUUCAUUGAGCUACACAUCUCCAAUGUGCACAAGAGAGAAGCAUUUCGCCAUCAUAGCUAUCUGAGUGAUAAAGCCGAAGCCGUGAUCUGUGGACUAGGCGUGUUUGGAUAUCUGGCUGCCGUUGACUUUUGGUCUUGGAAAUUUGAUCAGGCAAAAGGCUGUUCAGCAUGA